AUGUCCCCAUGGCCGAGAGUCUUUGGACGUGCACCCACCCGACCUUCGAAGACACCCGUGGCAUCUUUAAUUCAAGUUGGACUCGGCUGUGUCGCGAUAUACUCAGCAACCGUGUUGAUCGCACAUAAUGUGGUUUGGUGUGGUCCCAACUCAGGUCCUUCUAUGUUCCCGACCAUCUCUGGCGGACUCACCUACUCCAUUUAUUCCCGAUUGCACAGACGAGGCAACAACGUGAAGGUUGGCGAUGUCGUCCUUUUCGAAAACCCGGUGUUUCUUCGUGGCAGAGCCUGCAAACGAAUUAUCGGCAUGCCGGGCGACUACGUUGUUCACGAUCCUUCCCUCAGUCCAACCGUUGGCGGCGCCCCGGUGCCCGGGAUUACCGAUGUCGAUGCUGUUCGAGAAGAGCCGGCGAUGGUACAGGUUCCAGAGGGGCAUGUGUGGGUUGCUGGAGACAAUCUCUCUCACAGUCGAGACUCACGAUUUUAUGGUCCUGUGCCCAUGGCUUUAAUCGCUGCUAAAGUUCUGUACAAUGGAGAUGGCUGGUUCAAUUGGACCUCUUUGCGGUCUCCACAACUCCAACCCGUUUCUACAACCUGA